ACAUCAGUUUUUUUAAUUGUCCGUUCGUUCCACGGAGGAUGGUCUCGUGGGGUGCGGUAGCUGGGUGGCCCCUCCUGGUGCCGCCGCUGCCGCCACUGCCGCCGCUGCUGCUGCUGCUCGUGUCGCUGGUGCCGUGUCUACUCAUCUCGGCGCAGGAGGCCGAUCCACGCACGGGAGCGCAGGAGGGGGAGCCGUGCCUGCGAGCCGCCUCGCCUCGCUCGCCUCGCCGCUGCGCCGAGGGUCUCGAGUGCGAGCCCCUGGACGCAGAGGAGCCGAAGACCGGGGCCAGGCUCUGGGGCAGCAGGGGCAGCAGAGGAAGGGGGUUGUGCGUGUGCGCGGCUCUGCGCGGCGUGGCCGUGUGCGCCAGCGACGGACGCACCUACGGCUCCGUGUGCCGUCUGCGGAACGAGCAGAGGCGACUCGGCGCCGGGGUGGGAGGCUCACUCUUCCCGAUAUUCAACGGCUCCUGUGAGACAGGAGCACCCAACCCGGAGAGCGUGCGGGACAGACUCAACUUCAUCGCCAACGUGACGGAGCGGGCCCGGCGCGCCGUGGUGCACGUGGAGCUGAUCGCAAGGCACCUGCUCUUCGACCGCAACGUGUCGGUGUCCAGCGGCUCGGGCUUCCUGGUGUCCGAGGAUGGCCUCAUCCUCACCAACGCACACGUGGUCACCCACAAGCGCGACUUGGUGGCCGUCAAGGUGCAGCUCACGAGUGGCGACACCUACGAGGCGUGGCCGCUGCACGUCGACAUGCACGCCAACAUCGCCAUCAUCAAGAUCAACGCCCAGCAAAAGCUGCCGGUGCUGCGGCUCGCUCGCUCGGCCGAGCUGCGUCCCGGCGAGUUCGUCGUGGCGAUCGGCAGCCCCUUCAAGCUGCAGAACACGGUGACGACUGGCAUCGUGAGCACGGCGCAGCGCGGCGGCCAGGAGCUGGGCCUCGAGGACUCAGACCACGACUACAUCCAGACCGACGCCAUGGUCAAUUAUGGGAGUGCUGGUGGACCCCUGGUGAAUCUGGACGGCGAGGUGGUUGGCAUCAACACCCUCAAGGUGACGGCAGGGAUCUCCUUCGCCAUUCCAAGCGACCGCAUCCGAGAGCUCCUCCUCCAGCGACCAGACACAGCGUCCCCAUUCCCUCCGGAGCUGACGGCUCUGCAGGCGCGCCCGCUCGCCAGCAUCACGGCCGGUGACGCACAGAGCGGCUCGCAGCCGCACAAGAGCCUUCGCGACAGGUUCAACUUCAUCGCGGACGUGGUGGAGAAGAUCGUGCCCGCGGUGGUGCACAUCGAGCUCUAUUCCCGGCACCCGUUCUUCAACCGGAACAUCUCCGUGGCGAGCGGCUCGGGCUUCAUGGUGUCGGAAGACGGCGUGAUCGUGACCAACGCGCACGUGGUGGUGAACAAGCGCUACGUGAAGGUGCAGCUGCACGACGGAGAGUCCUACGAAGCCUUUGUGGUGGACGCCGACGAGAAGGCCGAUAUCGCUACCAUCCGCAUCAAGGCCAAGAAAAAGCUGCCGGUGCUGCGGCUCGCUCGCUCGGCCGAGCUGCGUCCCGGCGAGUUCGUCGUGGCGAUCGGCAGCCCCUUCAAGCUGCAGAACACGGUGACGACCGGCAUCGUGAGCACGGCGCAGCGCGGCGGACAGGAGCUGGGCCUCGAGGACUCAGACGCCGACUAUAUCCAGACCGACGCCAUCAUCAACUACGGCAACUCUGGCGGGCCCCUGGUCAACUUGGACGGCGAGGUGGUCGGCAUUAACACCCUCAAAGUGACGGCAGGGAUCUCCUUCGCCAUCCCGUCCGACCGCAUCCGAGAGUUCCUUCAGCAGGCGCAUGAGCGCCGCCUUCGAGGAGAGACGAAGCCAAAGAAGAAAUACAUCGGGAUCAGAAUGUCUACACUCACAUCUCGGCUGAUUAAGGAGCUGCGUCGCUACGGGGACAUGCCCACCGUCAGCACGGGCGUCUACAUCCACGAAGUCAUCAGGGACUCGCCCGCUUACGCCGCGGGCAUGCGGGACGGCGACGUCAUCAUCAGCAUCAACGGGCAGGAGGUGCGCGACACGCAGAGCGUCACGGACGCGGUGCGCCGCGACGACACGCUCUCCAUCGCGGUGCGACGCGCCUCCGAGGACCACAAGUUCACCGUGCUGCCCAUGCCCAUGGACUGAGCCGCGUGCUGCUGAGCGAGGACGGGGGGGGGGGGGGUCAGAUCUUCCACCCCGCCCCAAAAUGGACCCCCCCCCCACCUGCCAGAGUCGGCCCAGAGGAGGGGCGCACAUAGCGGAAACCUUCCCACCAUUUUCUUUGGCCUCGUUUCAGUGGAAACGGUGAGAUCGACGCCAACAACAGCGCGGCGUUGACAUUCACGUUUCCGGUAUCUGCUCGGGUUUCUCUGCGUCCGCCCGCGUCAAAAAACGUCGGCUCGGGAUCGUCCUCUGGCUGCUCUGUCCAAUGCCCGUCUUCCCACCCUCAAUCAAACAGCACCGCCGAUUGGCACGGUCGGCUACGUAUGGUGCAAAAGAAAUGCAUACAUACGUGCAAACCUUAGAAUCCCUCCCAACCACGCAACACCCGGUCAAGCGUCUUCACACCGCUCGUUUUCUUGGAGGAAUCGCCGCUCGUUUUCUUGGAGCAAUCGCCGCUCGUUUUCAUGGAGGAAUCGCCAAGACGUGCACGUGGCUCUGAGUUGCGUGACCAAUUUUUUUGCUCGAGUUGUGCAGUUGGUGGAGUUUGGCAUCGCGGUUCAAUGUUGAUUCGUCUGUGCCUCACGAUUCAUGCUGAUUCAAGCCCCCUUCUCCCCCACGUUAUCCAUCAAUUGUUCCCCUCCCAUAAAUAACCCCACCACCAUCCCAUCCCUCUGGCCAUUUGAGCGGUUUUUCUAGGAAGAGACGACCCUCAACUAUGCACACAGCUAUGCACCACACACGUGUACGAAUACAGAAGCACACGCACAGGUAUACACAUGGAAAAGAACGCACCCACAACACGCAUUUUCACGAUUUUUGUUUUCAUCUGAGACCUUUGCACAAAUUUAUUGGAAUAUUUAGCUUGUGUGUUUCUAGAAAGAAGGACUACGUGAUACUUUACCACAGGCCAACCAUGCACACUUCUGUGCGUGUUUGCAAGGAGUUGUUUCAAACGACAAACUUGCCUUGGAAGUCUUGACCAUACAAUCGCAUUAUCCAGCUACCAGAGCAAAUAUUUUGCAUUUUUCACAGCGUAAGAACUAUUAUACACACUCAGUUCUUUGCAUUUACUUUUAAUAUUUGUUUUUUAAACAAACUCAAUUGUUUUUGCAUUCAUUAUUGAGUGUCAGACGAUAAAUCGUUAACCACUGAUGAUUUGUAGGUAGUUGCACAUUUACUUUGAUGUUUAUGCAAUAGUAAUACAAAUCUUUAUAAGCUAAUGAGUCAAACUAAGCCUAAACACCCUUUAGGAUCGUAAAUUUACACCUUUGAGCUCCAAACGGCUUCUGAAAAUUUAAAAGUGCCUAACAUUUGUGAUUUCUUGAAGCUGUUUCCAUAAGCAACCCAGAAGCACUGUGUAAACAUUGGUGCCUAUUUCCCUUAUCGAAGGGUUCAAGCUUGUUUUUGUAGAUAAAUUAAAAUCUGUGAAAUAAUGAGCUAUAUCUAUCAGAAGAGAAGAAACGUGCAGUCUGGAAAAUCACAAGUUUAAAAGAAGAUGCCAAAAUUUGACAAAAGCACACAUCUGCUGUGCGUUAUAUUAAAUCCAUUCAGCUUUUCCUGAAAAAGUGCAUUGCGGUUCUCUCGUCUUACUUAGAUCACUGCUCCGCAGUCAUCUAUCACUCAAUCACUGCUGCUGUUAUUUGGUCACAUUUUUUAAAAAUGUAUUUUGGUGGUAAUCCAAAACAAAAGGACCACAAUACACUUCUUCAGUUAAAGCUGAUUAUUAUUUUUCAUAACGCACAAAGGCCGUGUGCUUUUUACACAUUUGUAGGGAGCGAAAUAGGAGUGGGGUGUUGUGGAAUUAUUGAUGUAGGUGCCGCGCAAGAUAUGCAUGUGAAAAUUAAACUCUGGCAAGCACUGUGCAAUACCCGUGUCGUAUGGGCUGCUCAAUGUACUCUAUUCGCAUCUGUGAAAUACCAUCUGUAGGUGCUACAAUAAUGCGUUCGCUGUAUAGAGUCUGUGAACAGGGUCUUUAUGAGCAAGGAGGAAAAAAAACACUUGAAUCAAUCAAAUAUGACGAACACAAAGUAUGUUCUUUCCCUGCCAGUGCUUUGUGAUUGAGUUUUUUUUACCAAUAAGUUCGGUAAGAUUCUUUUGGACAUGUGUGACUCUCUUUCCCUUCACCCGCUCUUUUCCUGUCAAUCACGAUGGGACUCGGUUAUGCGUCUUGAAACGAUGUUUGAUCGACUGCUGGAUGAUCGUUAUUGCUGAUUCCAUUGUAUGCAGUCCAUUGGAAUUUUGCCUAAGCUCUUCUCAGCAAUAUAAAUACAAUGGUUGUCCCAGGAAAACGUUAGUGGUGGUAGAGGUAUGAAUCAUGAAGUGGACUGGCUGGAUGGUUGGUGAGGUUCCAUAACAAUCAAUAUGUUCAGUUUCUGAUCAAUGCCUCACAGGCAACGAGCAGAAUUAGGCCACCAAGAUGGGAUUAGACAUGCCGUGCUUUUGGCCCUGAUGGAGACAGCCUCCCCAUGCCGCUCAUCGCAAUGUAUUUUUACACUGAUUUUUUAUAUACUUGCAGUUCAGUGUUUUAAUCCUAGAAAUGUGCACAAAUUCAGUUUGGAUUAUUAUUUUUGUUAAUUGCAUUGAAUAAGCACAAUUUAGCUUCGUGUUUUCCACGCAAAGGAAAUACGGUAUCUGUCAAAGUAUUGUGCUCUCUAAAAAGAAAAAAAAAGUACAAAAUAAAUGAAAACAAUAAAAAUGUAAGAAAAAUACUUUUUUUUUAAAUACACAUUUAGGAGUUAAACACGUCCAAGUUGCUGAAGCGUUGUGUUUUUUUUUUCAAUAGUUUUUUUUGCAAUUUUUUGUAAAUAGUUACCGUUAAACAUUUCAAAUGUACAUGACCCUGUAUGGAAGCGUUGCAAGAGCCCUUGUACAGAAAGGCCGAUAAUGCAGGCGCCGCAAACAUUUUUUUUAAGAGUGAACGCACCAACCGAGCCGUGAGCCCAGCUGAAUCAAGCAUCGUUGUCAGCCACAUGUGUGAGUUGUCUAAGCUGUGGUGGGCAUGUGGAACCCAUGGCAAUUGGAUCGAUCGGAGCGUAGCAAAUGCGCUUUUGCUUUUAGUUUACUUGUUCUAACAAUUUAACACCAAAUUUGCCCGGAUGUUUUGGAAUGCCAGAUGCAGCAGACGGCUCGCGCUGGCGAGUGAUGCGUUUCAGUGGACCAGUAACAAAGGCUGAAGUUGGGGGUGGGGAGUGCCGAAUGCCCCCUCGUGCGAGUGAAGGAACUGGCAGUAGUUGUUUAAUUCGCUGCCGUUAAUGUCUCGCGUGUUUGCAUUCGCUUUUGUUCCGCGUGUCUCCAGUGCAAUGGCCAGGGGUAAAACUAAAGUGCAAACGAUUGUUAUCAAAGUCUCUCCGGCUUAUUGUCAUUUGGGCCACAUUUAAUGAAUGCCACCUGGCCCGCGUUUACCGAGCGCGUGAUUCCGAUGCCGGCUGCGUGACAGGUGCGAGGUGUCAGCUGAAACUGGGACAAGCCAUGAAUCCCUUCGGGGAGCUCCUUUUUAUACCCCCUGUGCGGCAGUGACCACUUGUAAACAAGACGAGAAGCUGAGCAAUAAAGUGCAAAAAUGUCA